AUGGGCAUUUCUGCUCUCCUCUGUGCACAGGUUGGCUACAUCCAGCUUGGAUCAGAGCACAUGCUGAUACAGCCUGUGAAUUCAUCUGAGACCUCGUUCAGUGGGAAGGAACAUUUCAUCCGGCGGAGACGAUCCCCGGAAUCCGGCCAUCCCGGGAAGCCACACGUUCCCGACGAGCACUGCAGGGUUGUAGCAGAAAAGAAGAGACAGAAGAAAAUGAAGUCAACCAGUGACUGGAGGGAGAGAAGGAACGCGAUUCGCCUCACGAACGAGUACACGGUGGAGACUCUGGUGGUGGCAGAUGCUGACAUGGUCCAAUACCACGGUGCAGAGGCUGCCCAGAGGUUCAUCCUCACAGUCAUGAAUAUGGUGUACAACAUGUUUCAGCAUCAAAGCCUUGGAAUUAAAGUCAACAUUCGAGUGACCAAACUAGUCCUGCUCCACAACCGCCCUGCAAAGUUGUCUAUUGGGCAUCAUGGAGAGAGAUCUCUGGAGAGCUUCUGUCAGUGGCAGAAUGAAGAAUAUGGUGGAGCAAAAUACCUUGGUAACAACCAGGUUCCUGGUGCAAGGGAUGACACCCCUCCUGUGGAUGCUGCUGUUUUUGUAACCAGGACAGAUUUCUGCGUACACAAAGACGAGCCUUGUGACACUGUGGGAAUCGCUUACCUGGGAGGUGUCUGCAGUGCCAAGAGGAAGUGUGUUCUUGCUGAAGACAAUGGUCUCAAUCUGGCUUUUACAAUUGCACAUGAACUUGGGCACAACAUGGGGAUGAGCCACGAUGAUGACCACCAGCCCUGUGCAGGGAGGUCCCACAUUAUGUCUGGAGAGUGGGUGAAGGGCAGGAACCCCAGUGACCUUUCCUGGUCUUCGUGCAGCCGUGACGACCUGGAAAACUUCCUAAAGUCCAAGGUGAGCACGUGUUUGCUGGUGACAGACCCCCGGAGCCAGUUCUCCGUGCGGCUCCCUCACAAGCUGCCGGGGAUGCACUACAGCGCAGACGAGCAGUGCCAGAUCCUCUUCGGGACCAACGCCACCUUCUGCAAGAACAUGGAGCAUUUGAUGUGUGCUGGGCUCUGGUGCCUGGUGGAAGGAGAUACCUCCUGUAAAACCAAGUUGGACCCCCCUCUGGAUGGCACCGAGUGUGGCGCAGACAAGUGGUGCCGAGCUGGGGAGUGUGUCAGUAAAACCCCCAUCCCUGAGCACGUGGAUGGGGACUGGAGCGUGUGGAGCCAGUGGAGCAUGUGCAGCCGGACCUGCGGCACCGGAGUGCGCUUCCGGCAGAGGAAAUGCGACAACCCCCCCCCAGGGCCAGGUGGGAAGAACUGCCGUGGAGCCAGCGUGGAGCACACGGUGUGUGAGAACUUACCCUGCCCCAAAGGUGUGCCAAGCUUCAGGGACCAGCAGUGCCAGGCCCAUGACAGGUACACCAACAAGAAGAAAAGCCUCCUGACAGCUGUCAUCGUUGAUGAUAAGCCAUGUGAGCUGUUCUGCUCUCCCCUGGGGAAGGAUUCUCCCGUGCUGGUGACAGACAGAGUCCUGGAUGGGACUCCCUGUGGGCCCUACGAGACCGACCUCUGUGUACAUGGCAAGUGCCAGAAAAUCGGCUGCGAUGGAAUCAUUGGCUCGGCUGCCAAGGAGGAUCGCUGUGGGAUCUGCAGUGGGGAUGGGAAAACCUGCAAGGUGGUGAAAGGAGACUUCAACCACACCAAGGGGAUGGUAACCAAUAGUCAUUGUAAGAAGGUUUCCACAUGUGUGAUGGCAAAGGCAAAGGCUGUUCCCAAGUGUUUCUCGUGUUACAUCGAAGCUGCCGUGAUCCCUGCGGGUGCCCGGCGCAUCAGAGUGGUUGAGGAUAAACCUGCUCACAGUUUUCUGGCUCUAAAAGAUUCCAGUAAGAGAUCCAUUAACAGCGACUGGAAAAUUGAGCUUCCCGGUGAGUUUCAGAUCGCAGGCACUACUGUCCGGUACGUGCGGAGGGGUCUGUGGGAGAAAAUCUCUGCCAAAGGACCAACUAAAAUACCACUGCACUUGAUGGUGCUGUUAUUUCAUGACCAGAAUUAUGGGAUUCAUUAUGAAUACACCAUUCCUGUAAACUAUACUGCUGAAAACAGGAGUGAGCCAGAAAAGCAACAGGAUUCCUUGUACAUCUGGACACACAGUGGAUGGGAAGGAUGCAGUGUGCAGUGUGGAGGAGGUGAAAGGAAAACCAUUGUGUCCUGUACCCGAAUUAUUAACAAGACCAUGACACUGGUGAAUGACAGUGACUGCCAGCGAGUGACACGCCCCGAGCCCCAGGUCAGGAAAUGUAACACACACCCCUGCCAGUCACGGUGGGUGACUGGCCACUGGAGUCCCUGCUCUGCCACCUGUGAGAAGGGUGUCCAGCACAGGGAGGUGACCUGUGUUUAUCAGCUGCAGAACGGCACCUACGUCAACACGAGGGACCUUUACUGCCUGGGCAACAAACCAAGCCCGGUGCAGAGCUGUGAGGGAAGGGACUGCCUGUCCAUCUGGGAAGCAUCAGAGUGGUCAAAGUGCUCAGCAGACUGUGGGAAGGGGAUCCAGAAAAGAACAGUGACCUGCACAAACUCUCAAGGCAAAUGUGAUGCAGCCACCAGGCCAAGAGAUGAGGAGGAGUGUGAGGAUCACACAGGCUGCUAUGAGUGGAAGACGGGUGAUUGGUCCAAGUGCUCCUCCACCUGCGGGAAGGGGCUGCAGUCCCGGGUGGUGCAGUGCAUGCACAAGGUCACGGGGCGCCACGGCAGCGAGUGCCCGGUGCUGUCCAAGCCAGCAGCCUACAGGCAGUGCCACCAGGAGGUCUGCAACGAGAGGAUCAACGUCAACACCAUCACCUCGCCCAGGCUCGCUGCUCUCACCUACAAGUGCACGGGGGACCAAUGGACAGUGUACUGCAGGGUGAUCCGGGAGAAGAACCUGUGCCAGGACAUGCGGUGGUACCAGCGCUGCUGCCAGACCUGCAGAGACUUUUAUGCAAACAAGAUGCAGCAGAAGAGUUAAUGAACCUGUGCCACUUCCUAGAGUAUUCCAGCUGUUGGUGUGUAAAUCACAGACUAGUAGGUCUGAGUACUGGAACUUCACGAGUUGCUACAACGUGGUGGAUCCCAAAGCAAACCCAAUGAGACUUGAAACCAACUCUACAGACUGGAUACCAAAGUCAUCUGCUCAUCCACCUGAAAAACAACAACCAGAAAGGGUCAUCUCAAGGAGCCAAUCCUUUUAGAGUGUUUUGACAUCCUUACAUUUUUCAUUAGUGCUUUUUACUUUAAUAUAUUAAAUCACCAGCCACUGGAUGGCUUGCUACCAUAAAAAGGAAAGGACAAGAGUUGCAAAGUGAUCACAUAUGGUACCUCCAUGGAGGAAGGCCUCUGGCAAAGUAAUUCAGCAAAGGUAGAGACAUUACUAAAUCUUUUAAUCUUGGCUUUCAUCUGAUGUUUUCAACUCCCAGCAGUUAUCCCUCUGUAGGGUGGGCUUGGAGGGACAUGCAUAAAUGAAAGGCUUAAUUUAAAGAGAGGAUUUGCUGUAAAAGCUUUUUAAAACUGAUAGCAGAGGAUGGACAUCUCUGAAAAUCCUACAGAAAACUCAGUAUAAUUAUAUCCAACGUUCCAAGUAAUAUUUUUAGAGCCACUAAUAGGGACUGCUUUUCUUUCUAAUUUUAAAAAACAAUCCUCUCUCUCUUUCCCCCAGAAUAAUAGAGUUUCUUUUGUGAAACCUAAUUUUUCUCUGGGCUUAAUGAGAUGGAAGCUUUUUAACAGCCAUAGAUAGUUGGUUUUUUUUAAACAAGAACCGUUUCAGCCAGAAAUCAUUCCAUCCAGUAGAGCUCAGUGAGGGAUUGCUUGGCCUAAUUCUAACUUUUAGAAGUCAGUCAGAUAAUGAGACUUGUUGGUUUUUAUGAGGACUGUGAAACUGGAUAAAAUUGGAACAGAAACUGGAUUUGGAACAACCUUUGUGAGAAGGAUGUAGUGGGGAGCACAGCAGGUGUCUCCUGUCUCUGGGCUCUUGAGCACAGCUGAGGUUAUGUAGCCUUUUGAGUCAAAAGUAGUCAGGGAUACAAGACAUUCAAAGUGUAACUUGGAGCUCCUGAAAGCCCUAAGGUUCAGACUUCCAUUGCUUUCAGUAAGGGCUGGGAAUUCCCUCAGUGAUUGGAAUGCUCCCUGUCCCGCUGUUGUGGUGCUGUCAGGUU